GUCCCCGGUUUUAAAUGCGACCGUCCUCUUUCUUUCGCUUAAUUUCUGGCUCUGUGAUGCGCCGGUCCCCGAUUUUAAAUGCGCCGGUCCAAACCGCCUGCAACAACUCGGUCAAAAAACAUUGGGCCGAGUAGCAGUUGCAGAUUACAACCUGCUCCCUAUCGCCCACGAUCCCAUUCCCCAUAUAAGAACUCGCUCUCUCCUCCUCCUCCUAUUCCGUUUUCAAUCUCCACACCCGCAGCCAUGGGCAGGUCUCCUUGUUGCGAGCAAGCUCACACCAACAGAGGAGCUUGGACCAAGGAAGAGGACGAGAGACUGAUUGCCUACAUAAACACUCAUGGCGAAGGCUGCUGGAGAUCACUGCCUAAGGCUGCAGGUCUUUUGCGCUGCGGCAAGAGCUGCAGGCUCCGGUGGAUGAACUACCUCCGGCCGGACCUCAAGCGCGGUAACUUUACCGAGGAAGAGGACGAACUCAUCAUCAAUCUCCACGCUCUGAUAGGAAACAAAUGGUCGGUGAUCGCCGGGCGGUUGCCGGGGAGGACGGACAACGAGAUUAAGAACUACUGGAACUCACACAUCAAGCGCAAGCUCAUCUCCCGGGGCAUCGACCCGCAGACUCACCGCCCGCUCGCCAGCGGCGCCUUGUCCAACGACGUCGACACCGCCGCGGAGGAGGAGCAGAGCAGCAGCGUGGACGACGGCGGCGACCUCGACCUCACCAUAAGCCUCCGCCUCCCUUCGCGGCCGUUCGCGACUUCGGCGGAGGUCGCGGCGAGUUCUCCGGCGGCGUCUUCGACCAUUUGUUUCUGCUACCAGCUCGGGUUUCGCGGCGGCGAGGCGUGCAGCUGCUACCGCGCGAGCUCAAGCGGACUUGGCGAUGGCUACUACGGAUCGAUCAGAUAAAAGAACAAAAAACAAAACAAAUUUUGGGUGGAUGUGCGAUCUUAGCGGGAUUGCUAACCAUGAUUUGUCUCAGUUUCUGGAGGUUUGGUAGGAAAAUUAACUAGUUAAUGCAGUGGUUGUCGAGUGUUUUGGUAGAGAUUCUGCCAUGGUCGGAGGUUUGUCCUCUAGUGAGAGAAGCUGAGCUCUGUAUUUGCUUCCUUCAUCAACUACUAAUCAUUCAGGAUGAAGCUUACUAA